CGAAGGUCGAGUCAUAUGGAGUCAAGUUCGCGGAGAGCUGCCACAAACACAUUAUGAAAGGUUAUAACAUUUUGUUUGUUUUGCUGGCCUCAGUGGCCUAUGUCACGGCUGCAUCCGUCGCCGGUGGCAUUAGUUUGGAUCCUGCUCAAUUUUCACUUGGUGGUCAAGUGAGAUUUCCUCAAAUUCCUGGCUUAAAUGCACAAAGCAACAGUAAUGAUACAUCAAGUGGUUCAAGUUUGAAUCCUUUUAGGAUUUUCGGAAAUUUUUUGCGCAUGAUACCAGGCUUGAAUCUGCUUAUCCCAGGAGGUUCUCAAAGUCUUCCAAGAUUUCCGAACGUUACUGAAUUGCUGGCAAAUAUCCCAGGACUCAAUAGUAAUGGCACAGCGGGCGGCAACGGUAACGUCACCAUUCCAGAAUUUCGCCUGCCGGGUACGGGCUCCUACAUACCUGGUGUGAGCGAAGCUCUUAACGAAGCUAGAAAGCAUUUGGUUGCUGCAUUAAAUAUCACAACAGAUUUAAGCACCGGCUUGAGAAAUGCUAUACAAACAGCUCUGAACAGUGAAAAUCCAGCAGCUAGCGUUGGAAUAAUCCUCAACACUAUUGCAAAGGUUUACAGCACAGUAGCGGCUAAUUGUCCUCUAAUUAUUAUCGGUACAAGCGUUAUGAAUGAAGGUAUCCGUUUAGCCGGUGAGGUUGUGAGAUCUAUAGCGACUGUUGCUGGGAGUGCUGGUGCCUCGGUUGGAUUCGGAAACAUUGGAUUUAAUGCUCAAGGAGGAGCUACGGCCUCCACAUAAAAAUAAUCAAUACACUUUUUCAAUAGACAGAUGAACAAUUUUCUUCGAUUAAUAUCUAUCGUGUUAUUAUUUCAAUGUAUUCUAAAAUAAAUUUAACAUUUAGAAAAUAUAUUUUCAUGGAUAUAGAUAUGUAUAAAUCAUGUGGUAACAAUACUAUAAAUUAUUUUACUAUAAAUGAGAAUUAUGAUUUAGAUUCAUGAUCAUAAAAUUCAAAUGAGAUUUUUCGUCAUUACAAAAAUAAAUGAAACAAAUUGUAUUGAUUGCAAAAACUGAUAUAAUAAACUAUCAAUUUUUUAUAGAAACGAAAA